AUGGAUAUCCCAGCUGAAGAACUAGAGGUGAGCACAUGUGUGAACGGUGUUGAAGCCAGCUUGUCGUUCAUCUGGCUGCAACACACUGCAUACCCCGGAGGAUACGAAGCUCCGAUGCCAAACACUGACCUGAAAAACCGCACCAACGUGGACUCCGCCAACACAAAAGCAAACUGGGCUAAAUUCUGGGUAAAGCACACUGUGCUAUACGCAAUGGCACGCAAAACCAGCAACUACACACACCUUUCUCACCUGAUUGACAGUCAGGAGUACGAGUUGACGCUAAAGCUGCCCAACACGCAACUGAUUUUGAAAAAGUCAUGA